AGUUGUGGUGCCUGGUCCCAGAGCUUCGAAGCGCAGAGGCUGCAGAACGGCAGCGUUAUGGGGAGCUCCUUCGAGCUGUUCGACAGAGAAGCAUGCCGCUGCAGUGGCAUUAGAGAUAUGAACUGAUAUCCGAAUGGUGUUUGCUUGCAACAACCUGCUGUGAAUACCUUUGAGGAAUUAAACGGUAUUUUCUUGAACAGCAUUGCUGGAUUAGCAUUGCUGGAUUGACAAAGACGGCCUACGAGCAACCAUAUUUAAGCAACUUCGCUCGACCAUUCUUUUUUAUGGCUUUGCAUUGCUUCUGCUCUCAUGAUGCAUCUCAGGCCAACACCGAUGCCAGGAUUUGCAGAUGAAGUAGAUGAGGCUGCUGAUGGUUUGCAAAUGCGCUGUCUCGUAUCUGACGGCCAGCGCCGUGUGCGCUUUCGAGUAGCGUAUGAUGGUGGCCAGUACAGUGGGUGGGCUAGAGUGAAAGGAGGCUCGCUAUUGACUGUGGCAGGCCUCUUGGACCGUGCGCUGUCCCUGCAUUUGCGCCAGAAGAUCUUUGUUUGUGGUGCCAGCCGGACAGAUGCUGGUGUGCAUGCACAGGGACAGGCGGCGCAUUUUGAUAUCCCAGAGAAGCUGGCUGAAGAGCGGCCGGAAAACUGGAAGGAGCAAUGGGAACGGAAGCUGAACCAGCAGUUGCCUGGAGAUAUUCGAGUCAGGAACUUUCAUGACGCACCAAGAGAUUUUCACUCGCGCUUCUCUGCUGUCAGCAAGACUUAUGUCUACAGAAUUCACUAUGGCAAGGAUCCAUCAGACCCGUUUGAAAGGUUCUACCGCUUCCAGCUGCCUUUGGGUUGGGUACGAAGCUUUGAUAUUGACCGGCUCCACACAGUUGCCACAUGCUUCAUCGGCAGCAAGGACUUCGCGUACUUCACUCAGCUUGCAAAGCUGGAGGGAAACAGGAGCAGCCAUCGGACCAUUGAAGAUAUCCGGGUGGUAGAUGAACUUCCUGGUCAAACGUGCCGCAUCGAGAUCGACUUGGACGGGGCCCUUUUCCGGAUGGUGCGCAAUAUGGUGGGCUGCAUGGUUGCAGGAGCCUGUGGGCGCCUCUCUGCAGAACACAUUGACGAGAUGUUGGAGGCUGAAAGACGCUAUGAUUUCCCUUGUCUCCCUGCGCAUGGGCUUUGCUUGGAUAUGG